GGCGCGGCCGGGACCCGCGGGCUGGGCACGGACACCCGCGGCCCGCGGCGCUAGGGCGGGCACCGGCCCGACCCCGGCAGGUGUGUGCGCCCUAAGUGCCCUCAGGCGGCCCCCGCGGGGCUGACAGACCCUGUGCCCGCUGUCGCUGCUGCGAUCCGCAAAGAUGAUGCUGGCAGAGCAAGCCCAGAAGUGGUUCCCAACUCACGUGCAAGUUACGGUCCUUCAAGCCAAAGGUCUGAAGCCAAAAGGUAAAAAUGGCAGUAACGAUGCCUACACCAUCAUCCAGCUGGGCAAGGAGAAGUACUCCACCUCGGUGGCAGAGAAGACCCUGGAUCCCAUCUGGAAGGAAGAGGCCUCCUUCGAGCUCCCUGGAUUACUCAUGCAGGAGAAUCCAGAAAAAUACAUCCUGUACCUGAUUGUCAUGCACAGGUCGCUGGUGGGGCUGGACAGGUUUUUGGGACAGGUGGCCAUAAGCCUGAAUGAUGUAUUUGAAGACAAGCAAAGGCGGAAAACAGAGUGGUUUCCCCUGGAGUCCAGACAAGGGAAGAGAACUAAAGACAGAGGAGAAAUAAAGGUCAAUAUUCAGUUUAUGAGGAAUAACAUGACAGCAAGUAUGUUUGAUUUGUCAAUGAAGGACAAAACCAAAUCCCCUUUUGCUAAGCUAAAAGACAAAAUGAAGGGCCGAAAAAACGACGGGACGUUUUCGGAUACAUCCUCUGCAAUCAUCCCAAGCACUCACAUACCUGAUGCAAACGUAGAGGUGUGCAGUGGUGAAGUACAGAUGAAAUCCAAACCAAAAAAACCUUUCCUUUUGGGACCUCAGAGGUUGUCCUCAGCCCAUUCGAUGUCAGAUUUGACGGGACCACACGUCUCCUCGGAGAAGAUGAAAUCCGGCACCGUCGGCUACUCCCACCUCUUCAGGCGCCAGCUGGAGUCCUUUGGGUCGGUUGAUGAAGGUGGGAGUCUAAAAUCUCCACACAGAAGGACAUUAAGUGUUGAUACUUCUAAAAUGAACCAGCUUGACAGCACAGUUGAUGAAGCUGCACUUGAAGCACAAAAUGACCCAUUUACCAACGUGAGUGCUUCGUUACCCCAAAAAUUUGCCACACUGCCAAGACAGAGGAACCCGUUUGAAGAGAGCCCAGCCACGUGGGAUCAGAACAUAACUCUGUUUUCCAAGCCCGUGGAAAUCAGGAAAGAACUUAAAAAAGAGAAAAAGGAGAAAGUUAGUCUGUUUGAAAGAGUGACUGGAAAAAAAGAUAGCAAGAGGUCAGAUAAACUCAGCAAUGGGGGAUCAGACGGUUCCGCUGACCCGAAAUCGCCCGGUGCGUUCGGGGAAGCUCAUCAGGAGAGUUUUGAUUAUGAGCCGACUAAUCCGUUUAUGACGAACUUCAGGCCCACGAGCAUGUUGCCAUCUUCAAGUUUUCAUAUGAAUCCUUCUGGCAUUGAGGAUCUCAGGAAAAAAUCGGAAGGAAACCCUUUCGACGCCACUGCUGGAUACCGUAACCUUACCUACGAAGAGGUUUUGCAGGAGCUGGUGAAGCAUAAAGAGCAACUUAAGAAGAAGGACACCCAUAUUCGUGAACUUGAGGAUUACAUUGACAAUCUUCUUGUCCGAGUAAUGGAGGAAACACCCAGUAUUCUCAGAGUGCCAUAUGAACCUUCUCGGAAAGCGGGAAAAUUUUCCAAAAGCUGAGAUAGCGGUACUUGAUGGUACUUCCUGCUGAAUACUUUGGUGGAAGGAAAUCACACUUUAAUAUUUUGACUUCUCUUCAUCCUUUUUCUCCUAAGAAAUUCCAGGAAUCACCUUCCAGGGAGAAGGGACAGUGGCGUAGGGGUUUUCUUUUUUUUUUUUUACUCAAACACUAGCAGGGACUGCCAAAAGUAAUACUCUGUUAAAUUACCUAAGUAACUUUUUUUUUUCUUUUCGAAAACACCUUUAGGUACAGAAUACUUAAAAUGGAGUUAAUAAUACACAUUAAAUAUGUCCUUGCAGUUUAUAUAAUAGCUUAGCGUGCUCCAUGUGGCAGUUUCAGCUGGGAAGCCUGUGCUGUUACGGAUGUUUUCUUGAAUGAUUAUUGGUGUAUCAGUUCUUUUAUUACAGCAUGCCAUCAAGACCACUGUUUUCAAGCCAGUGUAAUAUUCUACUAAAGCUAAGUGUGGUUUAUUGCAAUGGAGUGCAGUUCUACACAUAUUAGAGGGGAACAGUGAUGCACAAUCUUUGCAGAGUAAAUGCUGUAUUCUAUACAAUGUGCUUUUUAUAUAACAGUGUAAAAGAACCCGUGCCAUUUCUGUAAUGGCAUAUGCUGGAACCAGUUAUUUUACACUUAAAUGCUGAAUUUUGUGUAUGGUGAGUGAACUUUGGUAGUGAGCUCAUGACAUAAGGUUGUUCCGAGGAUCUUUUUGUAUGAAGUUACUGCAUGCCUUUUUAUGUGUUAAAGUCCUUUGAACAGUGUUAAUAGAGUCAGAGGUAGGACUGGAGAGAAGUAUGGAAUGAAAACAUGAAUACUUUUGUUCAGUCAAAGUCUACUGCAAUGAAAAUGUGGCAGAAAUGGAGAGGCUGACUUAAAUAGACACGAUAAUUCAAAAAAUGUAGAACUGACUCAAUGUAAAGUUGAGUUUUACAUGAUAUAUGUCUUAACUUUUUAAAUCUUAUGACAACAAAGUAUAUGCCUUUAGAAAUAGGCCAUGUUGCUUAAACACGUAUAGAGUACUUAGACUUUUCAUUAAAAUAUCUGUAUCCAUGUAAAUAGUUCUAAAAGUCAGUUUUCAUUGAGGCAAAUGAAAGAAGAAUGUAGUAAAGAUCUUCUUGAUCAUUUAAUAAUUGUUUAUGGAAUGACAUAUGAAAACAGUAUCUGUUAUCCAAUGAAUUGGCAAACUACAGUGAUGUUUGUGCAAUGGGAUAAUACUGUAGGAGAAGAAUCCUCAAAAUAUCAUCAUAAGGAGAUUUUAAUUUCCUUAAUAAGAAUCUCAGUUGGAUUGUCUGUUGCUGUGAAACAGUAAGAUAAUAUUAACAAGUACAGAGAAUAUUUUAGGUUUGGUUUUAAGAAAGCUGUCUUUUCCUUUUCUUUUUCUUUUCUUGAUCCGUUGGUUUUUUUCUUACAGCACCAUGAAAUGGCUGUUGAUGAGGUGGCAGAAAAGCUUGAAAUGAAAUUCCAAUUUUUUGUUGUCGUUGUAAAAGACUUAAAUAUAUGUUCAUUUUUAAAACUGCAUAAAUUGGUAAUAUCUUGAAUAAUUUUAAGUGAAGAAGUUGUAUCUGAAUGCCUUGGACGCCGUUAGUAUUGUAUGGCAGCACAGAAUCAUUCCUGUUAGAAAAAAAGCUGCUUUGUACAAAUGUUCUCAGAUUUCAUUUACCUAUUUUGGGCUUUUUCUCCUUUAUUUCCUUCUUUUAUUUAGCAGGUACCUCCCAUCCCCCUAGUGCUGUCCCCAGAAUGUGUCAGCCUGAGUGUUCCCAGCCCGCCCUGGGAUCCCUCAGCGCAGAUCCCGGUGCCUGGAGGGGCCUGAGAGAUCCCAGCCCUGCCCUGCAGAGCUCUGCACUCCAGGGCUGUGCACAGAACCCCCUCACUCAUCACGCUGUGUCCCUCUCAGCCCAAGGAUUUAUCAAGUUCAGUACCUCAUCAACCACUGAAUGUUCUUUCUGACCCCCUUCAGCUCUAAAUGACUGUAAAUUUGUUGUGAUGUAUUCCAAGUGCCAAAGGUUGUGUACUGGGGUACGGUACAUUUACUGGUGGAAGUUAGGUUUUGCACUCAAUUAGAUUUUAAUUUCCUAAUUACACCAAGAUGUAUUUCAGUUACUCAGUAUUUCCAUAAAAAUUCUUAAACAUUUUCAAAUGUUGGCCGAAGCAAGUGGUUUUCUCAUGUUAAUGGGGAGUGUUUGUGCAAUUGUUUGGAAUUCCACAGUCAUUUUCAGCUAACUGGUAUGAGACCAUCUCUAGUAUCUACACUGCUUAAAUCAUAGACACCAGUGGGGAUUAACAAGUAAACUAACCAGAGAAUAUGCUCCAACGACUUUUCACAUGCAAGCCAACUUAUAAUUAUUAAAAUGAAACUCUACUAUAUUUAGCACCUCUGAAAUCACUUCUUUUAGAAUGUAAAUGUAGAAUAUCAAACUGCAUAAUUGACUAAAAGCAGAUCGUUUGACAUAUUUGCAUACCAAGAACGAUAAGCAGAUUAAAGGUAGCGAAAAGAUCAAUUUUUGUGCAUUAGUGAAGAAAUUUAGUGAAGCUUUGAAUGUACUAUCUAGUCUUUAUCUGAUCUGUAUGUUAAAUAAAAGCACCUUUUGUUUCUAACAGUUUGUCAAGAAAGAGGGGAGAAUGACAAAUGCAAUUUAGGAAAAGGUAAAGGUAAAGUUAUUUAGGGAGGCAGAAUGGGACAUUUACAACUAUGAAGACAUUUUUGUAGGGUUCUUUUAGGUAAAGAUAUAGGCUGCUUUUGGAGCAGUUCCUGAAAGACUACAGACACGUUUUCUGUUUAGGUUCUAUAUUUUGAGAUCAUUUUUGAAAAGCAUCUUCACCCCACAUGUGUUUUUUGAAUCAUGCAGCUUUCAAAUUAAACCAUUUCAUGCAGAGUAAUUUAUAUGUUGAAAACAAAGAAAGUUCUGUUUCUCCCAUAGAAUAAAAUUGUAAACUUUCUUGCACAUCGUUUUAAAACCAUAAUAACUUGCUACUUACAGUCAGUUUUUCUUACCCUUUAAAACGUAGGAAUGAAAAUUUUGAACAUCUCCAUAUUAUUUUGAUUUUUUCUCUCAAAAAUUAGCAUAGGAGUUCAUCCAUGCAUGCACUGUACUUUGAAAUUAUCCUUUGAAACAGCUCUGCUCAUAGCCAUGUGUUUGCUUACUUUAAAGGACAAAUAUGAAGGCCAUACUUUAUUGUUGUAAGCAAGAAAUUUAAACUUUUUGCCAUUCAAGAAGGAUGUUUAAUAUUUAUAUAUGUUACCUCUUGCUGCUGUAUUUUAUGUUUAGCUUGGUUUUCCACCUACUAAUGAAUGUAGCAUUCUCCCUAGAUCAUCCAUAACUCCAUUUAUUGCUGUUGGCUCUGUGUCAAGAACUAUUUGUAGUUUUCCAGCUGUGAAAAACGUUGCCUUGCAUUUAGAAAGGUUUCAUGAUUUGGGGACCUAAUGAAAAUCAUGCUGAUUAGCUACUAGUCUGCAUUUCCUUCUGUAGAGGAUGCCCUUUCCUAGAUGCAUCCUGAAGCAAACAGAACUGCUGUCUUAACGUGUUUACUGCUGCACUGGAGGUUUAUUGACACUUCCAGCUUUACAGACAGGUUACUGUCCCGCAUCAGCUGUGUAAAGUGAGCUGGUGCUUUCCCCUCUUUCUGUAGCUGUUGCUGCUGUGGGGCUGCUGGAGGCGUUGGCUGGGGCUCCUGCAGGGAUGGGGAGCAGCUUGCUCUCUCCCAGGUUCCUGGUGAAGGAUCAGAGUGCAGCUUGCUCUCUCCCAGGUUCCUGGUGAAGGAUCAGAGUGCAGCUUGCUCUCUCCCAGGUUCCUGGUGAAGGAUCAGAGUGCUGCUUGCUCUCUCCCAGGUUCCUGGUGAAGGAUCAGGGUGCUGCUUGCUCUCUCCCAGGUUCCUGGUGAAGGAUCAGGGUGCUGCUUGCUCUCUCCCAGGUUCCUGGUGAAGGAUCAGAGUGCUGCUGUGUAGAGGAUGCUGGAUUUGAGGGUCUGUUGGCACUUUGGGUAGGAAACCCUGUUUUCAGGGGUUUGUAACUGAAAAAUGUAGAUACAGUCACAGGAAGUAUUUAAUAUGCAAUGGGCAGCACUUUAAUGUGUUUGUGAAGGGUUUUGAGAUUUGUUUCCCAUGAAGGAAUCCCUGAAGCACGGUGGGCAUUUGCUGUAUCUUUUAUAAUUUCUAUGCUGAAGAAGCCACUGUAUGUUACGAGUGGUAGAGCCAUUCCUGUUCAUCUUAGAAGCUUCCAGGUGUCCUGUAUUACAGUGUGCUGUAAAAAGCUGAAGAUCCAGGUUAUAUAGCAAGUCUGUGAAAGAUACGAACAUUACUUAUAACUGAAGGGUUUAUUUUGUCUCGUGCAAUCAGUGGUAGUUUGUCUACAUUUAAUAAUGGUACAGAAUCAUAACUAUGUGCACUUACGAGAACUAUGAACUUAGAAUGCAUGAAAAACUUUAUUUUUGUUUCAUUAUUGCGAGUUCAGAUCCUUUUAAUUUGAUUAAAAUGUUAUCUUAAUAUUUUAAUUUUUGUUCAUCAAAUAAAUAUCUGCAUGUCUAACACUAAUAAAGCACCACAAUGCACUACCACAGUA